AUGAAAGGGUUUCUUGUGAAAGCGUCAAUUAGAACCAUGCUAGGGGAAAUACAUAGCACUACGACACUUGAAGCAAAUAUAACUUCCUCUCUUGAGACCCUUUCCCAAACAAAAUUAGAAACCAUUGUGAUGAAUGGAAGUAUUGUGGAAAGAAAGUCUACCAUCGAACUUGUUGGGAAUAUGUAUGAAAUCGGUUGUACUGAAUCAGUGAAUGGAGAAAUUAAGUUUUCAACAAAGAAACAUUUAGCCCAAUCCAAUAUAUUAGGGUUAAUUGCCGAAGGUUCGGAUUUGAUUUUUCAGCGAAUUCUGGUUAAAUCUGCUUUUUCUGUUCCUUUCGAGGUUAUUGGUUUAGAUACAGAUUAUAAUUUAGCCACGGUGUCCUAUAUUGAUCUUGGAGAAAGAAACGUAUUCGUCGGAGAUAGUGAAAUAUCAGUGAGAGGAAUUCAGAGGACUGUGCAUUCUCAAAAAGCCAUCCCGUCAUCCUGGCAAACUUACUUUAUGGAGGACGGCCAUAUGAUACUAAGAAUACAAGUUGGCUCUCCGAUCACUAUAAAGGCGAACGCCAUACCUGAACUGUUCAAAAAAGAAAUGUAUUUGCCUAAACCAGUCGUCACAAAGGUCUCCUUAAAUUGGGAAGAUGAUCUGGAACUUUAUUCGCGUUUUUUAGACCGAAAGGAUGAAAUCAAAGCUCAAUAUCUUUUAUAUCUGCGUGAUCAUCCAGAGAUACAUGAUAUGAUUUCUGACUUUAUUAAAUCAUUAUUACUUCAUAAACCAGAUGAGGUAGUGAAAUAUGCUUCAGAAUACUUCAAGAGUUUUUCAGCUCGCGCGUUACCGAGUAGAAUAUUUUCUGUUAAAACUGUAUAA